UGUACUGUAACGCCUUCUCUCUGUCAGUGAAUGCAUUCACAAUGAAAGGACGUUUGGCUUGACAUUGAAGCAGAAUUCAGCUGCUGGCUCGUUAUUAUAGUAGCCUACAAUUCCUGUUCGCGGUAUGGACGGGUUGCAGGCAGAAAACGGAGGAGUUGGCGGCAUCGGGGAGAACGCUGAGGAGAGGUAUCGCGCUCUCGCCUAUGACACCGCUCUGAGCACUUUGGUGGCGGUGGCCGUUUACGUGGUGGUGAAAGUGAGCCUCGACGGCUUCAGACAGUGGCGGGCCAGGGUCUCGGUGCUCAUUGUGGGCUCGGGUCCCGUGGGUCUGACGGCCGCGCUGGUCGCUGUCCGCUCCGGGAAGGUGCUGAAAUUGACCGUGCUGGAUGAGAGGUACCGGGCUGCCCUGCUCUGCCGGCCCCAGCAGAUCGCCCUGGAUCCCCGGAGUGUGAAGUUUCUGCUGGGACUCGGGGUGGACUUUGAUAACAUGGAGGGCUGUUGGCACAACGAGCACUUCUUCACCAGGAUAGGCGUGUUUCAGGAGUACCUGCUGAGCAUCCUGGAGCAGAAGAAACAGAUGGUGGACGUCAAGGUGCUGCUGGGUAACAAGUUUACAGAGGAAUACCUGCGGCGAAUCCCGCGGAACGAGUGGCCGCGUGUGAUUGUGGUGGCUGAUGGGUCGUGUGGCGACUCCUGCUCAGUGCUGGGCAUCAGCUCUGACUACACUGUGGAGACCUGCCAUGCCUAUGGAGCUAAUGCAACCAUAGAGAGACUAGACCAGAGGCAGGUACCAACACCUGAGAUCCGUGCCCACAGCCUCUACUUCGACCUGUCGGCUUACGGGAUGGAGGCCCUCCGAGAGCACCGAAAUCCAACAGCCAAACCCGGCUUCCAUCUGAAGAUCUACGGCACCUUCAGAAACCGGUACAUGGCCCUCGUGUGCCCCGCCUCCGACACCAAGAUGGUCCGCUUCCUCAGGCACACGGCCAACUCCUCUAUCAUGAAGAACAUUUUCCACCAGUCCUUCAAUGUGUAUAAGACAGACAUAGAGCCCCGUCUCAAUGACGUGACUCUCCACCACAUGCAGUGCAGCCGCCGUCUAUUUGAGAUUCAGCUAUCCCACAGACGAAUCAGCGCUGCCUACAUAGAGGGGAACAAUGUGGCGGUCACUGUGGAGGGGGAGGCAGCACGCGUCCUUAACUUCGACACAGGUUGUGGGGUGAAUCUAGGUAUGCGGGGUCUGGAGUCAAUGGGGACGUUUAUUUACCGGACAGCCACUGCUGUAGACCAGAAUGAUGUUCUCGAGGCUCUGUCGGCUAAGAUGCAGCACUCCAGACAGGUGGCUGAGACCUUCAAGCAGACUGGCCUGGCUCAAUCAAUGUAUGAAUGAAACACCAGGAAGUGAAUGCAUUGCCACCUAGUGGUGGAUUACUUCUGUUCACCAUGUAUCAUGAGUCUGAUGCUGAAAUGGACCACUAAUAGCUACAUACUGAUGGAGCUGAACCAGCAUGAGCUGUCAACAGAUGGAUGAUGGAUGUAAACAUGCAACCAUAUGUUUUUGUAGGUGGAUGUUUGUCUAUUGAUGGAGCGAGAAUAGCCAAGGCCACAUUUGGAUCAGUGUUAAGGUUGUAAAGCUUGUUAAUACUGUGCAUCAAACUAUGUCAGAAAAGAAAAGAAAAGAACAUUUUGGUGUUGUAAUGAAAAUAUCCCUGUAAAGUUUGAGAUUUUAAGAGAAAGAAAUCUAGUCCUAAGAUAUUAGGAGUAGUUGGAGUAAAUGAAAACUACUUUUCAUCACUGUCAUCUUCUCUUUCAAAAGAGAAGGAACUGACAUGAUUUAAAAUAUUAAGCUCAUUGUGCUUUCUGGACACCAAUUGUACUAGUAGAAAUAAGUAUGAGCCAUAACAUCAUCAGCUAGCACUGAAUAAUGUUCAACGGUUAUUGUCCAGAGGAAUCGGAUCAGAAGUCCAAAGUGUUACUAUACAUACGUACGUUCGUCCUCGUGUUUGUUGGAUAUGUGAUAACUGUGGCGAUGAAGUCCUAAAGUAUUUGCUAGAGUGGCCUAUGUUUGUAUGCAGCCUUGUAAAUGUAGAUGUUUGCCUUAUUUGAAAAUAGUGCUGAGAUCAUACUACAAGCCAAUUGUGAUAUCACACAUGUAUUUUUAUCUGGUGUAACAUGUUACUCUUUUUAUAUUUUGAUCCAGGUGAUCUAAAAGAGUUAAAGUGCCAAUAAAGAUAAUGAUUUGGCAGGAGUGAUAUGGAGGGUCCUCAAUUUAAAAGCAACUUCAAGUUAGUUGCUCGUCAGGGCUGAUAUAUAUUUUUAUUCUGUAAAUAAAGAUAAUAAAAUGAAGGCUUAUACAACAGACUUAACUGUUCUAUUCUGUCCAUUAUCAAGUUUUUUAGCAUUCUGUUGAAAAACUUGGAAACAUUUUUGUGAACUGCAACCUAUUAAGAUGAUACAGUAGUCAGGUAGGCUGAUAUGAGGCAGUAUUGUCCUCUAGUGGUGUAUUCCUUCAGUUGCAUCUGCUCAGCCCGAAAUUACAAGACCUCUCACUCCUGUUUGUAUAAUUAUUUAAGGUAUAGACAGUGCUGCAAAAAUGGGGGCCUAAGCGACAUUUUGUCAUGAGGCCCCCUGUGCAGAUAUUUAGACAACGCCCAUAGGCGAUGCCUACAUAUCUUUGAACUUGUUUAAGAGUUAUAUAUUGUAAUUUUAUGUGAUCCAUCGUCCAUGUCGUAUCUCUCGUAUCUUGUCGUAAUUGAAAAUGUCACUGCAAUAUCACAUGCAGAAAGUUGUUCCAUUCCCCCUAUAUGAAU